UUUCAUCGUCCCCGAUCGCCUCUGUCUCUGCUCCGAUUUCGACCUAUAAAGGGAAUCCCUUCUCCGUUCUCUCUUCCAUUGCAGUUGAGUGCCUCCUUCUCCGUCGUAUAGCCUAUUUCUCGAUCUCUUGCUUCUUGUCGGUGGAGGAGGAUGUCGCUGCGGCCUAGCGAGAGGGCGGAGGUCCGCCGGAAUAAGUACAAAGUGGCCGUGGACGCGGAGGAGGGCCGGAGGCGGAGGGAGGACAACAUGGUCGAGAUCCGGAAGAAUCGGCGGGAGGAGAGCCUCCAGAAGAAGCGACGGGAAGGGAUGCCGGCACAGCCCCUCCCCCAGACGGCAAUCCACGCCUCCGUCGUAGAGAAGAAGUUGGAAAGCCUUCCCGCGAUGGUGGUGGGUGUUUAUUCUGAUGAUAGUAUUCUCCAGUUAGAAGCGACCACGCAGUUCCGUAAAUUACUCUCCAUAGAACGAAGCCCUCCAAUUGAGGAGGUGAUACAGUCAGGCGUAGUUCCUCGAUUCGUGGAGUUCCUCACGAGGGAAGAUUAUCCUCAACUUCAGUUUGAAGCCGCAUGGGCUCUCACCAAUAUUGCCUCUGGCACUUCAGAGAACACUAAGGUUGUCAUAGAUCAUGGAGCGGUUCCCAUUUUCGUUAAACUUCUCAGUUCCCCUAGUGAUGAUGUCCGUGAGCAGGCGGUGUGGGCCUUGGGAAAUGUGGCUGGUGAUUCCCCAAGAUGCCGAGAUCUCGUGCUUUCCAAUGGAGCAUUAUUUCCACUUCUGCAACAGCUGAAUGAGCAUGCUAAACUCUCCAUGUUAAGGAAUGCCACAUGGACUCUAUCGAAUUUUUGCAGAGGAAAGCCACAGCCAGUCUUUGAGCAGGUUAAGCCUGCACUUCCAGCCCUUGAGCGGCUAAUUAAUUCAAAUGAUGAGGAAGUGCUCACAGAUGCAUGCUGGGCGCUAUCUUAUUUGUCUGAUGGUACCAAUGACAAAAUUCAAGCUGUACUCGAGUCUGGCGUCUGCCCGCGACUUGUUGAACUUCUACUCCAUCCUUCACCCUCUGUGCUUAUUCCGGCCCUUCGUACUGUUGGUAAUAUAGUGACAGGUGAUGAUGUGCAGACACAGUAUGUUAUCAAUCACCAAGCCCUUCCUUGUCUUCUGAACCUCUUGACUCACAAUCACAAGAAAAGUAUCAAGAAGGAAGCUUGUUGGACCAUAUCGAACAUCACAGCUGGAAACAAGGAGCAGAUACAGGCUGUAAUAGCUGCUGGUAUUAUUGGUCCCCUAGUGCAUCUGCUGCAAUCGGCAGAAUUUGAUAUCAAGAAAGAGGCAGCGUGGGCCAUCUCGAAUGCUACUUCUGGUGGUAGUCAUGAUCAGAUUAAGUUUUUAGUUGACCAAGGCUGCAUCAAGCCAUUGUGUGAUCUCCUUGUCUGCCCAGACCCAAGGAUCGUAACUGUUUGCUUGGAAGGGCUUGAAAAUAUCUUGAAGGUCGGCGAAGCUGAGAAGAACCAAGUUACCACUGGAGGUGUGAAUGUGUAUGCUCAGAUGAUCGAUGAAGCCGAGGGCUUGGAGAAGAUUGAGAACCUCCAGAGCCAUGAUAAUACUGAGAUCUACGAGAAAGCUGUGAAGAUCCUCGAAACAUUUUGGUUGGAGGAGGAAGAUGAUGCAAUGCCUACGGGUGAUGCUGCUCCAACUGGAUUCCAUUUUGGGAACAAUGGCCAGAACACAGCUCCAUCCGGUGGAUUCAACUUCAGCUGAACUUUGAAUGCAGGGUCUAUUUCCCCGGAAACUGGAAAUCGUUCCAGUUCAAAGUCAGUGGGGAGAGUAUUGUUGCUGGUUCGGAUCAUGUCAGUCGAGAGUCAGGUGUCGGUCGAGGUGGUUGAAUAAAAAACAAGGGUUUUAUGGAAGACGCCAUGUGUGAUGACACACUUUGGCCUUCUGGGUUUCGAAUGAGUGCAUGCUGUCACAGCUUAUGAAGUACAGGUAAGCGAAGGGGCUCGCCCAAUUAGGAUACGAGUCAUGUGAUACUUCGUCACAGGUGAUGCAAGUGCAGGAUACCAACUUUUUUUGGCCUCCUGUAAAUAGCAUGAACUUUUUCUAGGGUUCAAGUGAGGUGUUUCCAAACUAUUUUGUGGCCUUCGCCAAUCAGUACAGUGUGUAGGUUGUCAUGUAAGUCUUCCCUACUACAAAAAGGAAAUGUGAUAUCUCAUUUUGUGUCAUAUUAUAUCUUUGGUACAGUGUGUAAGUUGUCAUGUAAGUCUUCCCUACUACAAAAAAGGAAAUGUGAUGUCUCAUUUUGUGUCAUAUUAUAUCUUUGGUAAUUGAGACAGGUUUCUCUUUGCUUGUA